AUGUUUCCAGCUAAUGGCGGCUGGGGUCUUCGUCACGUCUUCGGCCUGUUGAUCUUUCUCGGCAUUGCCGUCAACUACAUGAACAGAAACAACAUCAGCAUCGCCAUAGUAGCCAUGGUUAUGGUUUCGAAUGACUCUGACGUCACGGAACGGGCGGACGGCUGCCCCCCGCCCCCCUCCACAUCAAAUGAAACCAGGGACUAUGCCCCGAUGGGAGAAUUCGACUGGGACGAAAUGACACAAGGGAAGAUCCUGGGCAGUUUCUUCUACGGGUACAUCGUGGGUAACCUGUUGGGAGGUUUCGUUGCUGAGUACUUCGGGGGAAGGUUUACGUUGGGGGUCUGCGUCGCAUCUCUAUCCGUCUUUAGCCUCUUGUCACCCAUCUCUGUCAGGACCUCCACCACGCUCUACGUGGGUCUCAGGGCUUUGUCCGGUAUUUUGCAGGGUCCUCUCUUUCCAGCAAUUUUCACUUUGAUGGUAUCUUGGGUGCCUCCAAAAGACAAAGCCAUCUUCAGCUCUGUAGUUUUCCGUAUCCUACCAUCCUCCACAGGAGACCGCUUCGGCACAGUCAUUUCCAUGGCCUUGGGGGGCGUGAUGUCAGGCUCGGAUUUCCUGGGUGGGUGGCCGUCCGUUUUCUAUGUGUUCGGGAUCGUCGGUCUCCUCUGGAGCUUGGCCUGGUUCGUCCUCAUCCGCGACCAGCCUGAGGAUCACCCUUGGAUAUCCUCGAAGGAACUCAGUUACAUAAGGUCUCAUUCACCCACCGUUAAGUCAUCAAAGGCUCUGAAAAUCCCGUGGAAGGAUAUCGCCACGUCGACGCCCUUCUUGUGUCUAGUUGUCUUUCAAUUUGGGUAUCGCUUAGGAUUCUUCAUCAUCCUGACUGAGAUCCCUACUUACCUCAAUAAUAUACAACACUUCGACUUGGCUAGUAACGGUAUACUUUCCGCUGUACCUCACGUGUGUGUACUCAUAGCCAGUCCUUUGUUUGGAGCCAUCGCAGACAAGAUAUCUGAAAAGAAGUGGCUGAGUAUCACAACGACAAGAAAAUUGGCUACGGGAGUAGGUCUUUACUCAUCUUCCUUGUGCCUAAUAGCCAUGUGGUUCGUGGACUGCAACACAACGUUAAUUGUUGUGUUACUGUGUACAGCAGAGAGUCUCAACAGUGCCCAACUUAGCGGCGCUUAUCUAGGGGAACAAGACAUCUCCCCUAACUUCGCUGGAGUGUUGAAAGGAAUAGCAAACUCUGUGGCCUCCAUCGCUGGAUUUAUUGUUCCAUUAAUUGUAGGAGUAAUUACUUCUGGCAAUGUGAGUCUAGCGUUAGAAAAUUUAUUCUUAAACUAUAGGUGAGUUUACACUAGGCUUCACCUAAUACUGCAUGCAUAAGACUCAUCACCAACUCCUCCCAAAUUCUUGUUAGCCCCAUCUACUUGAGUA